AUCAGUGAACCCAGGCGUCUCUUUUUAGUAGUUUUGGGUCCCGUCAUGGUGUCCUGCACCGUCUUCCUCUGGAUCCACGUCCUGACAGCAGCCUGCAGCAGUGAGGAGCUGCCCCGGGACGCCGUGCUGUCCUGGUUCAGAGAGCGGGUCCUGGAGGGCCUCGGGCUGGAGGGGCCCCCCCUUCUGGUGCAGCCGGGAGCCGGGCGUGCACCAAGGAGGACCCCCAGAGCAAGCAGGACGACGUGGGUCAACAGUCAGACCGGGCCCAGCGGGGACACGCUGCAGAUUAUUAUCUUCCCCAGCUCUGACUCUCCCUGUCCCGGGUCUGACUCUGCAGACUUCACGUACUCCUUCCAGCCGUCCCUGCAGCACCAGGACUCUGUGGUCACAUCUGCCCACUUCUGGUUCUAUGCAGGUGGAGGAGCAGCCUCCAACUCCUCCGCCCAGCUCUCCAUCCUCACCUCCGCCCAGCAGCAGCUCCUCCAGGCGGCGCAGACCAGCUCGGACUCGGACGGGUGGACCACCUUCAGCCUGGAUCUGACCCCGCUGGACUCUGAGGGCCCCAUUCGGCUCCAGGUCCGCUGUCCGGCUUGUCAAUGCCACGCGGACGAACCAGACAAGACGCCGUUCCUCCACGUCCACGCUCGGCCACGCGGUCCGGUGCGCGCACCCCGCAGCGCCCCGGGGGCCAUCCCUUGGUCCCCGGCGGCUCUGGACCUGCUCCAGCGGCCCUCUCAGGGCGGGCCCCAGCUCAGCGACUGCCACAGAGCAGAGAUCCAGAUCAGCUUCAGUGAGCUGGGCUGGGGGAACUGGAUCGUCCACCCGAAGGUUCUGACUUUCUCCUACUGUCACGGGAACUGUUCGGCCGGGGAUCGAACCCGCGCCGCGCUGGGGAUGACGCAGUGCUGCGCUCCGGUUCCAGGCAGCAUGAGGUCCCUGAGGAUCACCACCACGUCUGACGGAGGCUACUCCUUCAAGUACGAGACUCUGCCCAACAUCAUACCUGAAGAGUGUACUUGUAUCUGAAAUAUCAAAGCUUUACUUUUUAUUUUUUUGGUCCAUUU